CGUCAUGACAUUGGCUGCGUUUAUAAACACAUGCUACUGUUGCUUGGUAGAGCUCGGUUAACUGUGGUCAAUCCCUGGUGCUUUCUAGUAGUACAUGGAAUUUCGACCUUCGUGAAAUAAUGCACGCGGUGCUUGAAAGUCGGAGACGUUCCGUGAAGAACAAUUAAAAAACCCUACAUGUGAAUUUGAUGCUUAUUUACGAUCGAAACUAGAGAUUAACAAAAAAAUGUGCUUUUAUCAAUAGUAAACAGUACUGUACGUAUGACCGUCUGGAGUAAAUGCAUGCGUGAGAGUUCCUGGAAAACUUGUGACUUCACAGUCUGUCAACUCCUGUCAACGUCUGGUCAACAUGGCAGAUGGCGCCGAAGGAGGAAACUAAUGAGAAUGGGAAUGCAACAGAUGGUAUGACAACAGAAGAAAAAAUGGUGGAUGUUUCUACAAUACAAGAGGAUAUUUCUAGUGCAGGAAAACAUUGUAAUAGUAUUGUUAAUCAUUCAGAAGUGCCAGUUACAGAAGUCUUUGAUGAAGACCUUGAUGUUACAAGUACUGUUGAGAAUCAUGCCGUUUGUAGGAAAGUUUCUAAGGAUGUUGAGUUGGAUGCCAGUAAGGAUGAAAAAGAAGAUUAUGGUACUCACAUAGAAAACCUCACUAAUAAGGAAGAGAACAGUAAUUUAAAAACUCUUGACGUAAAUGAAUGUGGUGAGGUUGAAAAGGGAGAUCAUGAUAUGAUGGAUGAAUCUAUGUGUACUAAGGAAAAUUCUGUGACAAUGAGCCUUUGUGUUUCGGUUGCUGAUGGUGCAGUCUUGCCACCUGACCUGUGGCAUGCAGCAGUUAAGAAAGAACCUGUGAAUGUUUGGAUUGUGCAAGUUUCAGAUGGUGAUUUCUCUCCUGAUAGUAAAGUAUCAUCCCCUCUUCAGAUUGUAUUUCCUUGGGAGCACUCAUGGUCAUGGGAUAGUCAGUUGGAUCCUGUGUCUUCAGAUGAAGAUGAACCUCCAACAUACACUACUCUUCAGACUGUAAAUUGGGACGACACUACCUCUUGCCAUAGUGGGCAGCUGAGAGAUGCUUCUCAUGAAGGAGCUGGUUCAUCUGGUUUUUCAGACGAUGAAGAAAUGUCUUCUGUUACUGGAGAAAAUUUUAAUCUGCUUGGUUCUGACAGUGGCCUGCAAACCUCCAGUUCUGAUGGAGAUUUAAGAAUGUUGCAUCAGUCUGGUGGAGUUGGCAUACCAGAAGACUCUUGGAGUGAAGAUGCCAAUACUUUUGCUCUCACAGAACUUCGUCUUGGAUCAGAUGCCGAUUCUCGUUGUAGCAUCGAUACUGAUCGACAGACUGAAGCACCUUCAUCUCUACCAGCUAGUGGAGCUCGAGAGCAUUUUUCUUGCCCUCUGUGUCAGAAAACUUUUACUGAUCAACUGAACUUCAAAUAUCACAAACGCACACACAAGGAUCGUAAGUUAUUCACGUGUGAUUUAUGCAACCAAAAGUUUGCUCGUGAAAAAACUCUUGAGAGGCACCGACUUACGCAUUCUGUCCCUGUGCAACCUCCAGUUCUGGAGUGCCCUGCUUGUAGUGAAACAUUUGAGCAGAGAACUCAGCUGCGAAUUCACAUGCGUGCAGUUCAUCGUGAUGAACGUACAGAAGGAGUUGAUGCAUCUGGAACACGUAACUCAGGGCCUUUUACUUGUGAGAUAUGUCGGAAAACGUUUGCCCAUGCAACUCGACUGAAACACCAUCAGGCAGCUCAUUAUGAGCGGCAAUAUAAUUGCCAUAUUUGCUCUGUUACUUUGGCAACCAAACAUAGCUUACGACGUCAUCUGUAUAUACAUUCUGGAGAAAAACCGUUUGGGUGUGACAUUUGUGGAAAAGCCUUUGCGUUUGAGUUAUACCUGCGAAAUCAUAUGAAAAAACAUCUAGCCUUCAAAUUCCAUGACUGUGCUUUUUGUCCGCAGCAGUUCUGCUCUCGAAGGGAGCUUAAAGCUCACCUGCAAGUUCACAGGGGUCAGUACCACUGCCAGGUCUGCAAAGAGAAUUUCCGUUCCAAACAUAAGUUGCAGGAACAUAUGCAGAGUCAUGAAACAUAAAUUUAUGUUGUAAUUCACUCAGCCUCAGGCCCUGUCUCUUUAUCAGGUUGUGAAUGUAAUUCGAAGCACUUUUUAUGAGCAUGUCUUGUUCUCUCAGAUGUUGCCGAAUAAUGGCCAAACUCCUUCCUUCUGGAGGAAAUGUGUCCUCUCUCCUACCUGCUCUUGGUGCUCCCAGUAGCUGUGUAGUGAUAAGUUUAUCUCAGCCAGGAUGUCUCAGACCUCAAGAUAGUAUGAUACUUAGGAUGGGUUUCUUAUCCACCCUAAUCACUAGGGCAUAGCCUAGAGGCCUAUUGAAGUAUUGCAUUUUUACGGACUUAUUGUUUUUCCUUCUUAAUUUUAAGUACCACUUAUAAUUUAAGUGUCUAACAUUGAAACUACAUAAAAUUGUUUAAUUUCACAUCUAGUCUCAUGUAAAAAUGUACAUAUAUUUUUGUGAGUACUUCAUUUGUUUUAAAAAGUAUUAAAUCUCAACAAUAAUAAGAUUGCCUCUCGAGCUGGAGCAGUGUUCUGGGGGCAUUUAGCUGGUAUGUGUAGUAUGUACUAAUUAAAUCAGUACUAUUUACCAAAAGUUGUGCAGCCUAUCUGUUUUUCCUGCACAGGAUCAUACUGAAUUAGAGGUUCAAAUCUACCUGUAGGAUAACAGUAUUGUGUUCAUGGUACAACUGCCUUGGUCUCGUAAGUGAAUAUACUCAUAUUUUCUCUGUUGGAGAAGCAUACAAACCUAUAUACUUAGUACAAAAUAUCUCAACCGCUGGUAUUGAGAAAUUGCAGAAUUGUUUUAGGAAACAUAUCCCGACUAACUUUAGUUUUUUGUGUUGUUUAUACCUAACAAUUAGAUUAUUUGCGGAGGGAAUAGACCAUGUCAGGAAGAGACUGAACUAUUAUAUGCUUUCUAAUUUUGAGGAAUAUAUCUCUCACUUUCUAGUCUGUGAAUUUUGCCAAAGAAACUAUGUGCAAUAAUUUAUUUUAUAUUUAAUUUUACUAGUUAUCUGUUAGUUUAUUAUUAAUUUUUCUGAGAAGUAUACGUGAAUAUUUUUCCAAAUACAAAGUAAUCUACAUGUGUAAGCUAAAUUUUUAUUUUGUUUUGAGAAUUCUGUUAUAGUUAAUAAAGUACUAUUAUUGUUAUUGCUAUCA